CGGAGAGCGACGGAGGCCUACAGGACAGGAGAGGAGGAGGGCCCCCGCCCACCGCCCGCGUCCCUCCACACCGCCGCGUUCGCGGAGCUCGCAAAACCCCACUCCCACUGCGUCGGCUGAGCAACCCGGCCCCGCCGAUCGCGCCGAACCCUAGCGUCGCCGCCUCCGCCACCGCGAUCCGGCCGCGGGGCCGCAUUCCCCGCCGUGCUUGCUCGCCGGAGGGAGGCGAAAUGGCGAGCACUCCUGGAGGAUCAUUGAUAGAUGGAGCAGCUGGAAGCAACACGACAAGCGGAAACGGCAGCCGGAAUGCUAUAAAUGGUCCUCACUUGAGGUCACGCCAACUUUUCAGCUUGCCCCCUGCGAGGAGGUCAAGUCGGAGUACUCCGAACCGUUACAGGGGAUAUCCUCCCACGACGUUGGGCGGUGAGGCAUCGGGGUCUUAUGAGAAGAAGCGAAAGGUACCGAUGGAGGAAGCACCCCAUGGAAUUUCUGAGGCAGUCAAGGUCAGUGGCUCAGCUCCUCUGACGCCAAGAGAUCCAAACAGAAGUUAUAGCUCCAAGGACGGUGCAAAAGGGCGAUUGAGUGAGCACGCCAUGUUUGGGAGUGCUAGGAGUUCAACAAAGAAGCGAAAAUGUAUGCCUAUGAGCAACUACUUAUCACAAUUCAAGCCGUCCAGCAAGGUGGUAGCCACAGCUGUAGUUGUUAGAUCGGAGCAAUCAUCUAUUCCCACAAAAACAAACAAGGUUAAGGAAAGUCCAUUUCAGAAACUUCAGAGAUUGCCACAUGGGUGCCAUCCUGAUUUUGACAAUGAUCAUUUGUAUUCUGUCAAUAAACUCCGCGAGUUCUGGCACAAGUCUCAAGGUGCUGUAUUUGUUGAUGAUAAGGAGCAUGUAAUGAAGACCAUCUUAUUCAUAUUGUCAGUUUUACCUGAUGCCUGCCAACCUUUUCUACUUCUCACAAAUGCUUCGCUACCCUUAUGGGAGGCUGAGUUCAGUCGCUUUGCACCAAGUAUCAACAUUAUUGUGUAUGACGGGGAAAAAGAUGUGCACAAACUAGUUCAGAACCCGGAGUUCCAUGAGAACGGAAGACACACAAUGUUACAUGUCAUCCUAGCUCACCCUGAUGCUAUCUUAGAGAACAUUAAAACUUUAGAGUGCAUUGGUUGGGAGGCAGUUAUUGUUGACUAUUGUCAAAGCUCAGUUCUGGAACACGUCAAAAAACUCAAGCAGCUCCCAACAGAUUUUCGGGUGGUGCUUUUGAGCUCUCCCCUGAAGGAUAAUCUUCUUGAAUACAAGAACCUGCUAGCUUUCCUUAACUCAGAACAAGAAGAUAAUGGAGCUUACGUUGAUGCUGAUGCCCUUGCUAUGUUGAGAGCAAGGUUUACACGUCAUAUUGCAUAUGAGCGAAAAGCGGGUUCUUCAAAAUUUUUGGAGUAUUGGGUUCCUGCUUACCUUUCACAGGUGCAGCUAGAACUCUAUUCUUCUAUAUUGCUUGCAAACUCAUCUAUCCUGCAGUCACAAACGGCAACUGACAGCGUUGGAGCUCUUUGUGAUAUUGUUAUUUGUCUUUGGAAGUGCUGCAAUCACCCUUGCCUCGUUGGCCUACAACAUUCACUUUCCAACACUUGUGAUGUAACUGAAUCCACAGAUGGUAGAAUGCACGAGAGUGGCAAAUUACUGCUUCUUGAAAAAAUGAUUAAAGAGAUCAGGGACAAGAGAUUAAGAGUCAUUGUUCUUUUUCAAUCUGAUGGAGCAGUUGGAGACGGUAUGGGUAAUAUCUUAGAAGAAUUUGUACGCAAAAAAUUUGGCCCCGAUUCAUAUGAACGUGUUCAAAACCGUUCAGCAUUUUCAGUGAAACAAGAAGCAAUGAAUAUGUUCAAUGACACAACCAAAGGGCGAUUUGUUUUUCUGAUUGAUAGCCGUGCAUGCCACUCCAGCAUAAACCUUUCAUCUGUUGAUACCAUUAUCAUUUAUGGUAGUGACCUGAAUCCAUUAAAUGAUCUGAAGGCUCUUCGAAAGAUCAAAAUAGAAUCACAACUGAAGUAUGUGCGCAUAUUCCGCUUAUAUACUCCUUUCACAGUGGAGGAAAAGGGUCUUGUGCUUGCAAAGCAAAGCAUGAUUAUUGAUAGCAACGGCCAAGAUAUGUUGCCUAGUUUAAGCCAUUGCUUGCUAAGCUGGGGUAUAUCAUUCCUCUUCAGCAGAGUUGAGGACCUUCAGCAAGAUAACUGUGCUAGUAAAAGUUGUGAAAGGAACACAGUAUUAAUGAUGGAUAAAGUACUUUUGGAAUUCUUAACAGAACUGUCCACAGAUAUUGAUGAUAGCUGCAAAAUAAAUAGUGCGAUCAUAUCAAAAGCUUGUAUGAGUGGUGAGUUUUAUUCAAGAAACAUUAUUCUGAUAGGUGAGAGAGUGGGAGUGUCUUCACUGGAUGGAGAUCCACCUAAAUUCUGGUUAAAGUUGCUUAAUGGGAAAUCCUGUUGUCAGCGCAAUGAACCAAUCAUAGUUCCCACUGAAGAAACUAAUGAAGCCAGAAGGAAGCUUAGUAAAAAAGGUGAAAUUAAAGGUUCAUCUUCAAAAUUUUCAUCAGAUGUGACUAAUAAUAACCUGUUUCCUGAAACUGGUACCCCAUCCAGUGCUGAUGCUCAUCUACUUCCUGAAGCAGGGAUAGAAAACCUGAGCACGCCUAAAAGUCUUCAUGCUGAACUUAAGCGCGAGUUAUCAAAGCUCAUUAAGGUGUUAAAACUACCGGAUAAUGUAUGCUUUAAGGCCAAGCAGCUCCUUGAGUAUGUUUUAAAGAAUCAUCUAGUAGUGCGGAAGCCACAGGGCAUACUGCAUGCAUUCAACAUAGCCUUGUGUUGGCAUGCUGCUUCUCUCCUGAAAUAUUCCAAGUUGGAUCAUCGAGAAUCACUUGCCCUUGCUGCAGACUGCUUGAAUUAUGAAUACAAUGAGGAACUCAUAGGAUUUUUCUAUAAAAAAUUAGGAAUCCUAGGUGGGAGAAGGAACAGAAUACAGAAUGAUAGAUUUUCACCACAUGAGAGCUCAUCUGUUAACUUGAGAAGUGACCACAUUUCUCCGAAGCAGGCAAUGGAUCUUCAUGGUAACUUCACAGACGGCACUCAAGAGAGCCUGUCUGCCGCUGAGCAGAUGGUUUCAGAUGGGCAAGAGUUGGUAUCUUCUCCAGAAGCCAACAGAGAAUGCCAUUUGUCAAGUGAAGAAUCCCCUGGUAGGAUCGCAACCAAAAGAAUAGAUUUAUUUAACAACAUUUUCUCCUUAAGAGAGAAGAAUAUCCUUGAGAAACAACAACUUGAGAUAUUAGAGUUAACAAGUCAGAGAGACAAUCAAGUUUUGAGACUGAAGGAGGUAUGCCAUGCAGUUGUUCAUCACAUUCGGAUAAGUGACAUUGAUGAAGAGAUCAGAAAGGACCAAAUAAAGCUAGUGAUUAAAUGGUUCACUAUGUUUAUGCUUGCAUUUUUUGUGCACAUGAAGCUCCAGCUUGCUGAACUUGAUGCAUUGCAAUCUAAAACAUGGGUUAAAGAGCAAAUGAUGAAGGAAAAACUCAAACAGGAAGUAUUAUUAUCAGGCCAAUUAGAUAAAUUCCUUGAUCUCUGCAAUACUCUACCAGAUUCUGAUUUCGACAUUGAGGAAUUCAUCCAUUUUAAGAAACAAAAUGGUGAUAAUCAUGUUGACAACAGUUUGGACUUGGGCUGUGACCAGCUUUUGGAUGACAGAUUGAUGGAAGUUACUAUAGUACGAAAUUUAGUUCCAUCAGAGGCUCAAAUGACGUCUGGCGCAGGAGCAGCAUCAGAAUCUGUAGCUCUUCCAGAUGACAAUAUCCACUGUAGUUCUGAUGGAACUGAAUUACAAAGAGCCUUUUCUGCAAGUACUAUUCCUGCAAGUCAUGAUUCAAUAAAUCAGGAAUCUUCGACUGGUGAGGCCAGAAGUAUUGAACAUGCCAAGAGGGACAAUAUUGCUGAUCCAAGUGUGUUGCCAGGAAUUGAGACUUCUCUUGUCAAAGGAAUUAAUGCAGAUGAUGAUGGUCGGGAUCUGCAAACUGAGUUGCAAACAUCAUGCCCAACAUUGGAUACUCAACAUCAGAUGAUGUACCCUGAUGAUUCUAGUCAAAUGAAUCUUGAACGAGAUACAACAUCUGAAAUAUUGCAGGAAGGGACAACUUCCGACCAUUUGGGUGAUUCCAGUAUGGGAUUUAAAGAUGAAAAUGUUGACGCUGCUGCUGCAUAUCCAUUGAAUUCAGAAAAUCAAUCUUAUAUUGCUCCACACAACACAACUGUCUCGCCAGAUGCUUGGGAAGCUGAAACUCAGAUUGAUCAGUCAAGUCUACCUGCCCAACAAAACUUAGUAAUUUCGGGACAUCCACCAGCAGAAGCAGAACCAUCAAGUAAUCUGGACACGGAUGCUGCCUGGAGUUUGCAGCCUGAUAUUCAACCAUCAAGCCUGAUGUUGGAUGCUGACAGCUCUCAAACAAGGUGUCAGCCAGAAACUUCACCUGUUUUGUCACAGGGAGGUAGUACAUAUCACCAUUUGGCUGAUGGCAGGAUGGAAAUUCAUGUAGAUAAUAAUGGUGCUGUUUGCGCACAUCAAGCCCACUCAGAAUCAUCAACUUUUGCUGCCCCACAAAGCACUAUGUUGCCAUUUUCUUCGGAGGUUGGAACUCAUGCUAAUCUAUCAAGUACGUCUUGCCUGCAAAGCAGUGAUGCACCUUCAACAGCUCCAGCUGCAGUGGCAGAAUCCUCUGGUAUGUUGGGUGCACAGGUGGAACAGGAUUUGCAUCCUGAAAUGGCACCAUCCACCUCAUUUUUGGAUGUUCCAGUUCAAAGGAUGCUCCUGGAUGACAGGAGUCAAACAUGCUGUCGACCAGAUAAAGCAACUGAUUUAUCAGAGGAAGGUGAAACUGAAUAUCUAUCUUGUGCUACAUGUAAUCUGGCCACCUUACCAGUGUCUAGUGAAGCUGAAACUGAGAAUGGUCAAGCAAGUAUGCCUGCGCAGGAAAUGAGAAGUCCCCAUGCACAACAUAGUUUAGCAACUUUGCAGCUUACAGUUGAUGAUCUGCAGCCACCAACCUCGAUCCUCCCGGAGGAAGAAGAAAGGGCUGGUAUGUUGUGUGCCACAGCAGCUCGGGAUUUGCAACAUGGAAUGCAACCGUCAGUCACUGCACAGGAUUUGCAGCCCGAAUUGCAGGCAUCAUCUGCAAUGCACGAUCAACCUGCAGAAGCAGAAGGAGCAGGUACAUCGAGGAUUACCAUUUCGGCUCAGAAUUUGCAGUUUGAAUCACAACCAUCAACCUCAGUUCAGCAUAUCCCACCUGAGAGAACACACCCUGAUGAGAGGAUUCAAAUAGGUCUUCAGCCAAACACAACAUUGAGUCCUGAGCAGUUCACCCAACUCUUUACAGUGGCACCUGCAGCAUCUAAUAAUUUUUUAUGUAGUUCCGAACCAAUGAGAAAUGAGUUGGAAAGACUGAACUACGUGAUUGCUAUGCUUAGUAAAGAGCAUGAAAAGAAGAAAUCACAACUUCAAACAGAGUGCAACCAAGAAAUGGAGAAGAUAAUGAAGAAAUAUGAGUCGUUACUUCAAAAGGAAACUUGCACGUAUCAUCGAUGGACCACAGUGCUUAACGAUAAUUACAGGAAAGUUUUUAUGCAGCACUCAUUAGCUGAGAAUUGGGAGAAAUUUAUGAAAUCAACCCCAGCUCAAGAGAGAUCUGUGAGCCCCAGAAUUUGGCAGGCACCUCAUCCUUUUCCGCAAGCAUCAUCUAGUACAUCAGCCACUCGACCACCAGUAUUAACCUCCUUUCAUUCAACAGGACCUUGCGUCCAACCUUCACAGGUGGUUCGGCCAUCAGCAUUUGAGGCUGUCCAGCUGCAACCAGUCUUACCUGGAAAUUUUUAUAGAACAACGCCAUCACCUGUUGGUUCAAUGCCUGCACGAAAUGGGAGCUUCAUAGCUGCUGGAACACAAUCACAUGGACCUGUUCCUAUCCUCCAGCAAUUCCAGCAAUCACGUGGAACACAGUCACCAUCUGCUAUGGUUCGUGGAGAUCAACAACAACUUGGUGCUAUCAAUCCAGGAAUUACAUCGUUGAGACAGUACGCCCCUGGUUUGUUGGAAAGCUUUGCAUCUGUCAGUGCAUUGGCAGGUGUCCCAUUAACCUCCACAGCAGCAGGUUCAGUUCAGCAGGCAAUGCCAUCAGCAUCGAACUCACUUCCACCUUUCCCAGAAUCCUCGCUGGUACCAGGUUCUGCCCCAGUGUCAAUGGGAAAUUUUGUGCAGUCUCCUAGCACAAUCCCAUUUGCCAUGGCAGCCCAACAAGCACCGGGCCUGAUUCCAGGUUUGCACCGCAUGCCAGGUGGUCCACUGAAUGGCGCAGCGGGUAUUUGGCAAGCUGGAGGUCACCUAGCAGGUACCAACCAGGCUGCUCCUGAACCUAGUCCAGAUGCGCUGCGGCUCUUACAACGACAGUGGGGCCAUGCCAUGGCACCACCAAGCUCAGUUCAGCAAACAGUGACAGCAUCGGCAUCGAACCCACAUCCAGGCCCUGUGGCGCCGUCAACAAACCGGUAUCUCAUGGCAGUCCAGCAGGCAUUGAUUCCGAAUCCAGCUCGCGGCAACGUGGCAGGUCAAGUGAACGCAGCGGUAGGAGUUUGGCAGCACGGUGCAGCUCUCCCAGCAGUUGCCAGUCAGCCUACUGCUCGUGGACCUUCCUCGUCGAACGCGCAGCCGGGGGCCAGGACUGGGCCGCAGACUAGUGGCGUGGGGGCCCAGGGAGGCUCGGGUGAAGAAGUGGUGUGCCUAUCUGAUGAUGAUGAGUAGCAGUAGUAGUAGUAGUAGUAUUAGUGUCGUGGCGCAUGUCUGAUCCGUGGGUUAGUGGCGUAACCGCGUAGUGUAGGCAUGGUUUGGAUUAGAGGUGCUGAUAUCUGACCCGGCCCCUUUAUUAGUAGCAUCCGUGGUAACAAAGGGAUGGCAUUUGGCGCUGGUGAGGGUAGUGCAUCAUCAGGCGUUUUGGGGCUGCACAGCAGAUGGUAAGUAGUAGUACAUGUGAAGUUUAUAGAACGGCGGAUUGCUUGUUUCUUUGUCGGUGGACGGGUUCCUUGAUGCGGGACGGGAAUGCUUGUUGACACCAGUGUGCUGUCGUGAGAAGCUGCUUAAUUACAGCUACUCACUCUUGUUAAUCUAGCGUCCCCCAGUGGCUGUGCGUGAGA